AUGUCUUACCAAAAGGCUUCUAAAUUCAACAACUCCCCUUUCCAAACCUCCUCUCUCAGCUCGUCCUCCCCUGGUUCUUCCUCCGCUGGGCACUUUUCAAUUCCAAAUCCCUCCCCUCCCUCUACCUCCUCGUCCAGCCCGCCACCUGCUGGACGCACAUCGUGGGAUGGUCACCACCCCAGCUUCCAGCCCAAUGCAUAUGGUGUCCGGACCCGCAAGGCUGUGCGGACUUCUCGCUACGGCAAGAAGAUGCCUACCACAACCAGUGGCAAUAUCAAGAGCCAAACACGUCCGGCUGCUCAAAAGGCGUCCACUGUCGCUGACCCUACCGACAUGGGUCAGAACAUGAAGCUAGCCGGUGCAGCCAACAACCUCACCCUAGCUAGCCUGAAUACAGCGUCUGCGGCUGGUCAAUUUCCCAUUACUGUGGGCCAUGAACUCUCAUUUUUUGAAAAGGUCGAGUACAUCCUUGCAUCCGACGUGAUGAAGGGUGUGAACGCGCCUCGACAAGGGUCCGCAGCUUUUGACCAGCUGGUAGAGAACUUCGUGGCACCGGCUGUUACUGCCGUCAAGCAGCGUCAUUCCCUCACCAUGGAGCAGAAGAUUGGGCUCACCUACGAGCAGAAGGUGGAUGAGAUCCUGAAGGAUCCCUUCAUGCAGAGCCGCUACGCACCCAAGCGCGGCUCUGUAGCCUUCCAGAAGCUUGUGGAUGAUUUCCCCAAGCCCAAGCCCCAACACAUGCUGCUCUCACUGGGGCAACCCAAGUUUGUUAGUGAGUGCGCCAAGGUGAGCGAGUUGCCCUCCCAGGCUUUAACUAAAUCAUUGCAUGGCGAUAGUCACCCGUUCAUCCCCAAGAUGGCUGGGCCUGGUGAGGGCAAGGGAAAUCAACUUGCUGCCUCUGUCAGCUUUCAACAUCUUUCUCGCAUGGUGAAUAACGACAUCCACAUGCCAAGUCAGAGUGACGACAGCAGCAAGGAGUUGGAUGAGGUGGAGGGUAAGGUUUGGGUGAAGACAAAGGUCAUCACUGCAGUUGAAGAUGCACCGGCAGAACUUCAGCUGCCACUUGACGCUCCUGUGGCCAAGUACCGCGUCGAGGAACCCGAGGAGUGGGUUAACGCGCUCGAUGUAAUCGAGACGGUUAAGAACAGUAGACUCGGCUGCCCAAUGGCCAAGUCGACACUCAUGAUGAUCAUCGCGACUGUUCUGCCCUUGUUGGUGACGCUUCUGGCGCCAAUCAUGGAUAUCAGCCUGUUCGAUCUCUCGAUCAUCAAACUUUGGUUAGCAGUUGCUUUCUGUCUGCUUGUUGGCGUGGAGUCACUUGAGGAAGUGAACACGGGAAGGUACCAAGUUGCCACAGAGAUUGAUCGUCUGUUGGCAGGAGGUAACGUGGGUAUGCUUGAGCUUUUUGCCAAGCUGACACUCUAUAUGAGUGUCAUGCCCCUAUUGGUGACAAGUCUAGCGUCACCGAUGGAUCAACCCGUGGAAGGGCUUGUGGAGGAUGAUAUGACCACGCAAAACCAUCCUGAUAUAGCGAACGCACCGGUGGCGGAUCUACCGGUUGCUCAAAAACCUAAGGUGGACGGUGAAACCCCCGUCCAAGUGGCCAAGGAGCUUUACCGUUUUUUAGCAGGAGACGAAAAGUGUGAAUUUAAGCCAGCGAUGGCCAAGCCGGCAGUCUACUGGAACGCUCUGCCCUUAUCAGUGGCGACACUGAUGAAUGUCAACCUCCACCGUCUCCUUGGCACUGCUGUCCUGCUAGUAGUAGCUUUCCUCCUACUAGCCAAGGCAUUUCCGAUUGUGGUGACAGCCACAGAAUUGGAUACCCCAUUGGUGGGUGGAGUGGGAGUGCUUGUGCGUAACGCCAAGCGGGCUGUCAAUUCGUUGACAGUCUUGCCCCUAGUAGUGAAAAAACUACUUGAUGUCAUCUCCCAUAUCCACUCAGUCACUACCACCAUCUCCAGCAUGGAAACUCGCACGAUUCCUGACUCUGCAGAGCUGAUCACACGUCAUAGUGACCUUCCUUGGGAAGUUGCAGCCGACCUCUGCAUGAAGGUGGUAGAGCUACAUCGGCGUAUCGAGGAGCUGGAAAGCAGACAGGGGUACUGCUAG